UUUUAAUUUUAAACUAAACAUAAUGGGUCGACGAAUUUACUUGUCGGCCAAUUGGUAGGACUGUAGGACACAGUCUCCAUAUGCCAAGUAGUCAGGACGUAGAUACUACAACUACAGAAUAUAAAAUGUUGUGGCGAUACAGGGCCCGUAUCACACCACAACAGUUCCACAAUGUGUUUAAUAUGUUAUAUUCGGUAUUAUCAAAAGUGUUGUGGAGAUUGAAAAUUGUACAAACAUGACGUAGCAGUCGUGUAACCGCGAAGCUAUAGGUAAAUUGUUAUGUUAAUAAACCCUCGUCCCCACGAUCAUUAUUAACAACAUUAUUAUUACCUACUUCAUAUUUUUUAGAUUUAGCUGAGAUUUGUGGUUCUCAACUUUCACAUUAUACUUUCUCAAACAACAUGCUUAGAACUUAUUUGUGUGGAUAAAUUAGUUAAGUUGACAUUUUGACGUUUCCAUUAAUUAUAUAGAUAAGAUCAUAUUUGAUAAUAAUAUUUAGUCGUCUAGAUAAUGCAAACACUGCUUUGCUUACCUAGUUACCUAUAUAUAAAGGUACUUUAUGCUUUUAAUUUUUGUAAUUAGUUUUGCACGUCAAGUACCUAAUAGCAUUGAUUAAUCAUUGACUUAAUAAACGAUAGUAUAUUAUCUUUGUGUUAUCAUGGCAUGGGAAUGUGUACAACCUUGUUCAAAAAUGUGUUCGUGGAAAAAUCGUCAAUUUCGUAUUAACUAAUUGUGUCUAUUUUCUAUAUUAAUAUAAUUAUAGUGUAUUAAGUGUUUAAUAGUGUGAUAUAGUAUACACUGUACCUAUAUUCAAUUUCGACUUUGCAAUACAUUAUGUCUGCGAAUAUUGAUAUAGCUGAAAGUGCAUGUUUUCAUCAAAUUUUUUUGUACCUACUGCACUCGAAUAUUUUAUAAUCUAUGAAUUAAAACAAUAUUAUUAAUAGACGGUCAUAAUAUGGUUAUCAUUUGAAUACAUACGACGCACGUAUAAUAUACAAGACCAUGUAGUAGGGACUUCGGAUCGUGUUUUUUUAUUUUUUUAGAUAACCACCGAAUAUUUACUCAAUUAAAGACACGCGGGUGUGUACAAUACGCACGUUUUAUCCUACUCGAUGAAGAAAAAACGCCGAUAACUCGUAAUUAUUACAAUAACGGCAUAGGAAUAAUAUUAUUAAAUCAUUGUACCGCCACGACGAGAAUAUUUUUUGCUACCGUUCUGGUGCAGUCCGUGCGCCGACAUGAUCGUUUUGGCGCUGAUCGCCGCCGCCUUCAUGAACGGCGAUUGGCUGACGGUGGUGGCGCACACGCAAACGUACCUCGACGGAGAACAUCAACCACAGUUUUCGCACCACCGACCGCGGCUGUCCUGCUCGUCGUUCUUCGAUGAAUUCAAAGCGCAAUUAUUCUGGGCCAUGGUCGUCGGAUACGGUAUAUACUUUGGCUUUUGCGGGUACUUGGAAUGGAAAUACUAUGUAAAGGGACGUGGCAAGGAGGCUCAGUGGAAAUGUCAACCGAACCGGCACUUGCCCAGACACCUGGUCUGGGAUCAGAUCAAAUGGGGCUGUAUAGGUCUGAUGGUGACGAACGCGGUGUCCGCGGCUGUGGCCACACACGUCAGUUGCGGCGGUUACAGCAAAGUUUACAUCGGAUUCGGCCAGUACCCGUGGUGGUGGUGGAUACUUCAGUGGCCAGUGAUAUUCUUCCAGCAGGAUUACGUGACUUAUUGGAUUCAUCGGUCGUUUCACUCAAAGUUUUUGUUCAAACACUUUCACAGCAUCCACCAUAGGUACUUCCAGCCUACUCCGUGGUCGGUGACCGCCAUACAUCCGUUGGAGUUGACUACCGUGCAACUGGCCAUGGUCGUGCCAAUAUUUAUUUAUCCCGUGCAUUGGUUUCCGUUUUACGGAUUGGCUCUUUACACGUACUAUCACGGUAUCGUGCAACACUCGGGAAUCGCUUUCAAGGCGCAGUGGUGGCAGCCCUGGCAACCGGAUUGCAUGUUCCACGACAACCACCAUCAGUACUGCCACGUCAACUAUGGAUUUAAUUGCUCUAUUUGGGAUAAGAUCCACGGAUCCAUGAGAAAGAUCGAUCGUUGUUACAGCGAGCACACGGAUUCUUGGGGUUCCGGACGACCAUUGGCGGACUUGUCAAGUAAAGAACGGCACCGAGAAAUUCAGGAGAGGAUCACCGAAAACCCAAUGGCUUACCGCGAACUAUUUAACCCGUACUUGUUGAAAGAUGUCGACGGUGACGUUUAAUAAUAAUUGCAAAGGCUAUUAUUUACGUCAUCGUUGCCAAUGAUUUGGGUCGACCUCUCUUCUAUUUAUGUAUAUAAGAUCUAGACUAAUGUUUAAAUUAAAUAUGGGUUGUGACUUGCAUUUAAUAAAUUCAGUAUCUGCACUGACACGUUAUUAAAUAU